AUGCCAUGGGUAAAAUGGGAAUUAGUGCUUGCGGAUAUGUCUAAAGGAGGGCUUAAUAUUGGUAGUUUGGCAGCUUUCAGUUUUUCUCUCCUUCAAGAGUGGCAGUGGAGUUUUUUAAAUUUUAAUAAUAUACUUUGGGUGCGAAUUAUAAAAGCAAUAUAUGGUGAAAAUGGGGGUCUUGGGUCUGACAUUAGUUGGGAAAACCCAAAAUUUGCUUCAUCUCCUUCCGUGUUGGAAUCAAGAACCCCGCCCCUUUCCUUGUACUCAAUUUCUCCUUUAAAGAAGCCUUACAAAUUUGGAUUAUACCCAACUUCUCCAAUCAUUCUCUCUGUUCUUUUCUUGAUUUUGACAGAAAGCAAUCAGAGUACAGAUAUGGCUAAAUGCUCGUUCAAGCUCGAACACCCAUUGGAGAAGAGGAAAUCUGAAUCCUCUCGCAUCAGAGAGAAGUAUCCUGACAGAGUUCCAGUGAUUGUUGAGAAAGCUGAAAAAUCGGACAUUCCUGACAUAGACAAAAAGAAAUAUCUAGUGCCAGCUGAUUUGACCAUUGGUCAAUUUGUGUAUGUUGUUCGAAAGAGGAUCAAACUUAGCUCUGAAAAAGCUAUUUUUGUUUUUGUCAAGAACAUGCUCCCACCAACUGCUGCUUUGAUGUCUGCAAUUUAUGAGGAAAACAAGGAUGAAGAUGGAUUCCUCUACAUGAGUUACAGUGGUGAAAACACAUUUGGAUCUUUUGAAAUGUGAUAAUUGUCGAUGUGAUAUGAAAAAAAAUGUAAAUUCCUAGUCUGUAAAUGUAAGUAUAUGUUGGUUUUAAUUCGAAUACAUGGUUAAAAUGUUACAGAUUCAAUCAUUUUAUAUUCUGAUUCUUGUG